CGUUCACUGACAGAUCUCAGCUGAAAUACGCAAGAAGACUUGUAGUGAAACUUGGCAGCGCUGUCAUCACCAGAGAAGAUGGUAAUGGAUUAGCUUUGGGUCGCUUAGCAUCUAUUGUUGAACAGGUAGCAGAAUGUCACCACGAGGGUCGUGAGGUGAUAAUGGUGAGCAGCGGUGCCGUGGCUUUUGGCAGGCAGAAGUUGACCCAGGAGUUGCUCAUGUCGCUCUCUAUGAGAGAGACUUUGUCACCUAGUGAUAAUACUAAAGAGGAUGCAGGCAGUACUCUGGAUCCGCGAGCGGCUGCUGCGGUGGGCCAAUCCGAGCUGAUGUCUAUGUACGACGCCAUGUUCUCUCAGUACAACGUGAAGAUAGCCCAGGUGCUGGUAACAAAACCGGACUUCUAUAACGAGGAGACCCGGCAGCAUUUGUUCUGCACUCUAUCUGAACUGAUCUCACUGAAUAUCGUGCCAAUUAUCAACACGAACGAUGCCGUCAGUCCUCCAAUGUACGUGCAGGAUGAUUCCGUUGUACCCGGUACCGGAAAGAAGGGAAUCGGUUUAAAAGACAACGAUAGUCUGUCGGCACUGCUUGCAGCGGAGAUCCAAUCAGACCUGUUAAUCAUGAUGUCGGACGUCGAUGGUAUUUACAACAAACCGCCAUGGGAAGACGGAGCCAAGAUGAUGCAUACAUUCACCUCGAAAGAUAAGGACCAGGUUGAAUUUGGACAGAAGUCGAAGGUGGGAACCGGUGGCAUGGACUCAAAAGUGCAGGCGGCAACGUGGGCUAUGGCUCGUGGUGUCAGCGUAGUUAUUUGCAACGGCUUGCAAGAUAAAGCUAUCAAAACCAUUAUUAACGGUCGGAAGGUUGGCACAUUCUUCACUGACUAUGCUAUUCCUACUAGUCAAUCUGUUGACACAAUGGCUGAAAAUGCACGAGUUGGUAGCAGAGUCCUUCAAAAGUUAACACCAGCAGAAAGAGCUUCAGCAAUUCAUUCAUUAUCAGACUUGUUAAUUGAAAAACAGGAUCGAAUUCUGGAAGCAAACGCUAAAGAUUUGGAAGAAGCUACAAAAGGUGGUCUUGCUAAACCUCUGUUAAGCAGAUUGUCGUUGAGCCAGUCAAAAUUGAAAACGUUGUCUAUUGGUUUGAAACAAAUUGCUGACUCAAGUCAUAACAACGUGGGCAGAAUUAUUAAAAAAACUAAAUUAGCAGAAAAUUUGGUGCUCCGACAGGUAACUGUGCCAAUCGGAGUACUAUUAGUUAUAUUUGAAUCUAGACCUGAUUCAUUGCCUCAAGUCGCUGCCCUAGCUAUGGCUUCCGCCAACGGUCUUUUAUUGAAAGGUGGAAAGGAAGCAGCACACUCGAACAAAGCGCUCAUGGAGCUCGUUAGAGAAUCUCUAAGUCCAGUUGGAGCUGAAGAAGCUAUAUCUCUAGUGUCAACUAGAGAAGAAAUAAGUGACUUGCUCUCAAUGGAUAAACACAUUGAUUUAGUCAUUCCUCGUGGAUCUUCGGAUCUUGUUAGGAAUAUACAGAAACAAUCACAAUAUAUACCUGUUCUUGGUCAUGCGGAAGGUAUUUGUCAUGUGUAUUUAGAUAAAGAUGCGGACCCUCAUAAAGCCCUAAAGAUUGUUAGAGAUGCAAAAUGUGACUACCCGGCAGCUUGUAACGCAAUGGAGACUUUGUUAAUUCAUGAAGAGCAUGUAUCGGGUCCCCUAUUUAGUCAAAUUUGUGAUAUGUUGAAGAAAGAAGGUGUUAUCAUCCACGCUGGCCCGAAACUUGCUAGUCGACUGACGUUCGGACCACCACCUGCAAAGAGCAUGCAUUAUGAAUACGGUUCGUUGGAAUGCUGUAUAGAAGUGGUGCAAAAUCUUGAAGAAGCUGUAGAGCACAUUCAUAAAUUCGGAAGUUCACACACAGAUGUUAUUGUCACGGAGAAUGUUGAUGCUGCAAAACAAUUCUUGGGCUCAGUGGACAGCGCGUGUGUGUUUCAUAAUGUCUCUUCGCGCUUUGCCGAUGGGUUCCGUUUCGGCCUUGGCGCAGAAGUCGGCAUUUCUACGGCUAGGAUUCAUGCCAGAGGUCCAGUGGGAGUUGAAGGCUUAUUAACUACCAAAUGGAUAUUGGAAGGCACAGAUCACACCGCUGCCGAAUUCAAUGAGGGUAAACGCCAAUGGUUGCACGAAAAUCUUCCAGUCAACUGACUAUUUGAAACUAAGGACAAUUUUUGGUACAACUUUAUAAGAUUCUUUAUAGUGUAGUUAAUUCUUAAUAUAGACGAAUAAUCGAGUUGUUACAAAAUUAUAAUUUUAGUAUAUUGUAUAGGUAUUAAGGUAGCAAUUAUCAAUAUUUGUGAAUGUUAUGUUUUUCUUUUAUUAAAAACGUGUUGAAAAUGUUGAUGAUG